AUGGGCGGCUUUCAGGACGAGUGGAUCGAGCCAGGCGUGGCGGUCGAUGCCCGGAAGGUCAAAAUGAUGCGCCUGGCGUUGGGCGGUCCGGCGGAGGGAUGGAACCCGCGGCCGGAUGUUACUCCCUUCCGCUCAAAGGUUCUUGCGCUCUGCGCUCAGGUGCCGCCGGGCCAGGUGACGACGUACAAGGCCAUUGCGACAGCACUGGGUUCGGCUCCGCGGGCGGUAGGCGGCGCGCUUAAGCGCAACCCGUAUGCCCCGCUGCCAGUCCCGUGCCAUCGCGUUGUUGCCGCCUCGCUUGGCAUCGGUGGCUUUGCCGGCUCCGACUCGGCCUCGGAUGUCCGGAUCCUACUCAAGCGUGCUAUUCUGCGGGCUGAGGGGGUGGUUUUUGACGAGGCCACCGGAAAGGUCAAGCCAACCAACGCGGUCGGCUCUGCUACUGUCUUUACUGACUUUGACACCUCGGAUGAGACCGCUCUGCUGCGGUUCGCCGCCUCGUCUCUAGCUCCAUAAGCUGCUAAUUCUUGAGCGGCUCAUAGUCAUCGUAGAAGCCACCACCACCACCACCACCGCUGCUACUGCGGCGCUCGUGUGGUGUGGCGUUGUGCGCCACUGACGAUGACGGGGGAAGCGGAAACGCGCGCGCAAUGCCCCAGUGCAGAGGCUCCGGCGAUGGCAGCGAGGCCGGCUCGCUCGCGGCGCGACGGGCCGAG